AUGUCCGUAGCUCCAUGCAUGAGGAACCUCCGAGCUCUACGUUCUGCUGACGUCAGCAGGAGAGUUGACAGCGCGCUGGUCACGUGGUGUGAACAAAAAGAAUAUGGAAGUUGCAAUCUGGACUUAGGAUCCGUGUGGAAUGAUCCUCGUGGAACCUAUUCAUGCCGGCAAUCAUCUUCAGAUAGCAGUACUUCAGAUGAAUUGUUUAUUGAUGUGUAUGUAAGAAAAUGUCAGAACUGCAUAGAACUGGAUGCUGGAACAAUCUGUGGAUUUUUAAUUGCCGAUUUCAUCAUGAUUGGCCUUAUUGCCAUGGCUGUAUAUUUUGUUUCUGGCUCGGAGACCCGAAGACCUGGAAGAGCUUCUGACAAACAGAAUUUGAUUGACAGAGACCAGGAAUAUCAAGAGCUAGGGCUGCGUCGGAAUGAGGAAUACAGUCAGUUAGCUGGGCGUAAGAGAAAUGCUAUUUGAUCAAGUAAC